UUCAAAACUGGUAGCCAAUAGAUGAAGGCCAAAAUGAAUAAAAUCCUAUUGGUGUUGUGUUUGGCCUUCUGUUCUGUUUUGGCCAAGAACGAAAUUUAUGAUGGCCAUGCCCUCUACCAAAUCGAUCUUCAAACAGCAGAGCAAGGAUCUUUCUUUGCCGAGUUGGAGCAUCGUCUGAACCUGGACGUCUGGGCCCAUGGUGGCCUGGGUGACCCUGCGACCGUCCUGGUACCGAAGGCAGCUCGGUCUCUGCUGCAGGAUGGCUUGGGAGCUGCUGGAAUUGGCUACAGACUUGCGGUAGAAAAUGUCAAAGAGGAAUUGGACUUGGAAGAGAAACUAUUGUCUGAAGCGGCAGCCAAAAGCAACAGGACUAGUAGAUUUGGCCUACCCUUUGACACAAUCCAUAGAUAUGCUGCUGUUGACGCUUACCUAGUCGAGCUUGCAAGUAGGUAUCCUAAUCUCGUAACAGUGGUGUCUGCAGGAAGAAGCUUUGAAGGUCGUGAUAUCAAAUAUUUGAAGAUCUCCACCACAAACUUCCAGGACAGGAGCAAACCCAUAGUCUAUAUGCAAUCUCUGCUCCAUGCUCGUGAAUGGGUCACACUGCCUGCCACUCUAUACGCCAUAGAGAAACUGGUGAUUGACGUUCAGGAGCAGGAUCUUUUGCAAAACAUUGACUGGAUUAUCCUGCCAAUCGCCAAUCCUGAUGGAUAUGAGUUCACCCACACAAGCAGUCGUUAUUGGCGCAAGAACCGUGCAACAGGCUACAUGAUCGGAAACUGGUGCUCCGGUGUCGAUCUGAACCGGAACUUCGGCUUCCAAUGGUCCGAAGCAUCCAGUGCCUCCGUAUGCUCGGAAACUUUCCACGGCAGCAGCGCCUUCUCCGAACCUGAGGCGGCCAUCAUCAGGGAUAUUACCUUGGCUUAUGGCGACAGGAUUGAGCUGUUCUUAGACAUCCAUAGUUUUGGAAGCUGGAUGCUGUAUGGCUACGGCGAUGGUCAAUUGCCCCCGAAUGGACUAAUCAUUCAUAUGGUUGGCGUUAGGAUGGCUCAAGCUAUUGACGCCGUCAAAUGGCCAUCGAACAGAAACUACGUAGUUGGGAACAGUGCUUUACUCCUAUAUCCCGCUUCUGGGACUACUUCAGAUUAUGCCCAGUCUCUUGGCAUUCCUCUAGCUUAUACCUAUGAGCUGCCAGCGUAUAGGAAUAAUUACAGUACGCUGAACGGGUUUCUGGUUGACCCUGAUUUUAUAGAGCAGGCUGGAUUUGAGACGUGGCAGGGUAUCAAGGAAGGAGCCAGAUACGCGGCCGACAGUUAUAGGGCGAGGAAUAAGAAAUAAUCUAU